AUGGGGGUUGCCGCAACGCUCAUGGACCUUUCAGGCUCAGAAAUAAACACUGGGAAUCCUCACAACGUUCCCGGAGGCAGUAUGUUUGAUCAUGAGGGCGUUUCUGAGCUCUCAGCCCAGUCAGAGCUUCUAAGCGACAGUAUUCCCUGGCAAAAUUGGGGAUUACCCCUGCCACCUGGGUACGAGACAGCUUGGGCAGCCAACCAAGGUACUGGGACGAGCGAACAAAAUGUCGGCGACACGCUGUCUUCAAACCGAACUCGAUCUGGUCGUCGUAUCAAUCAGCCCGCCGCUCGAGACGCCGAGGUUGCGCCAAUUAAUAGGCCGCCUGCACCUGUCAAGGCCGGAGCACAGAAGCGGAAGCGUCAGAACCGCCAAAUAAAUAUAGUUUGCACUGGCUGCUAUCGAGGGAACAGUCCCUCGAACAAUCUCAUCGUUCUAUGUGACAGCUGUGAUGCCCCGUGGCAUCAGAAGUGUCAUAAUCCGAAUAUUGAUAAUGAGGCUGUUGAGGUCCCGGAUAUGGAUUGGUUUUGCAUUAGGUGUAGACCGGACCAAGGCCAAAGGACCCAAACCAAGUCUGGAAAGAAGGUUGCAGCCAAAGGAAACAAGCCCGGACGCCCAAAAAUUCCAGUUGUGUCUGAAAAACAAGUCGGUGGAUAUCGUUAUUCUGAAGAGAAACGACGGGCAUAUCUUUCAUCUCUUUCGCAUGAAACUUCCGAUGUUUCCCCCAACUUGCAAUCCGUGACUGCCUUUACCCCGUCCACUCCAGCAGCAUCACACAUCAAUCAGACUUCCAACCCCACAUCUAAAGCAGCUGCCAGUUUUCCAUUCCUUGACGGAAUAAACAUGUCUGUGAAUCCACAAAGCAUGGCCACGAGACACCAGAGCGGGGUGGCUCCUUCCUCUGCUGUUUCUGGCCCGACUUCCAUGACUGCCGACGGACUAUCCACCUCAAUGGCCCCCGAAACUGCCAUCAACCCUUCUCUUCUUCAGUCGGCUGGUGAGACUAUAACCGAUCAACAUUUUGCUGGUAUCUCUCACGCACAUCCUGCGCCGACUGUCCCUGCGCCAACCGUCACCGCGCCUUCCGCGACAACAAAUCCACGACACCCUUCUACAACUGUGCUCAAAUACACUGCUCGACCCUCGAAGGCGAAUAUUCCUGCUCGAAAGACGUCUAUCUCUUCCUGGAAUUCUAAUUUGCUCACUGACGACGAGUCAUCCCUCUCUCAAUCACGACCGCAAUCUCCAGCUCCAUUUGCGUCUCGAGCGUCACAAGUCGGUUCACACAAUGAGUCGGAUUAUGACUCUGAAGAUUACCGUGCCUACCCGCCAGCUGGUCAAGGAUUCCAGCUCUCGUCGGACCAGAAUGAUCUUGCCAUCUUGGCUGAGGAUAGAAAUUGCUCUACCUUCAGUCACUCUGUUAGGGGUGUAGCCCAGAAGGCUGCGAAGAAGAAUGCUGUCUAG